CGGGAGGGCUGGGAGGAACAGCAGCCAGGGAAGAAGCCCUCCUUGCUCCGCUUCCUUCCUUCCUCUUCUUUUCCCCGUCGGGCUCUCCUAGCCCUCCUCCUCCGUCUCUAAGCUCCCCUGCUUCUGAGGGACGAUGCUCUGGCUCUUCCUCCGCAGCUUCCGAGCGCUGCUGCCUUCUUCCUCCUCCUCCUCCUCCUCGGGACUGACUCUCGCUGCCUGGCUCGUGCUGCUGCCCAUGCCGCUGGCGUCCUCCAUCCUGACAGGCUCUGUCGCAAAAUGUGAAAACGAGGGAGAGAUUCUGCAGAUCCCCUUUAUUACAGACAAUCCUUGCAUAAUGUGCAUUUGCCUGAACAAGGAAGUGACAUGCAAACGAGAGAAGUGUCCCCUCCUUUCAAAGGACUGUGCUCUGGUUGUUAAACAGAGAGGAGCAUGCUGCGAGCGAUGCAAAGGUUGCACUUUUGAAGGGAAUUCAUAUAAUAGUUCAGAGUCAUGGUAUGUCCCAGGCAAACCCUGUAUCAAGCACCAGUGCCAGGAAGGAGUGAUCACAGAAUCGGAGAUUCAAUGCAUUGUUCAUUGCAAAAACCCUUCAAAACAACUAGGAAUGUGCUGCCCCACAUGUCCAGGUUGUGCAUUUGAAGGUAGACAGUACCAAGAAGGUGAGGAAUUUCAGCCUGAAGGGAACAAAUGCAUCACGUGUGCUUGUAUUGGGGGCAGGACACAGUGCAUACAAGAAGUAUGUCCCGUUCUUUCAUGUCCUCAGCAUCUUAGUCACACUCCUUCUGGACAAUGUUGUCCAAAAUGUUUGGGACAGAGGAAAGUGUUUGAUCUCCCAUUUGGAAGCUGUCUCUUUCACAGUGAUGUUUAUGACAAUGGAGCCUCCUUUGCAUAUGACAAUUGUACAAAAUGUACAUGCAGGGAUUCUACUGUGGUGUGUAAGAAGAAAUGCUUACCACCUGGAGAUUGCAUCAGAACCAAAGAACAAUGCUGCAAGGAAUGCAUCUCUUACGUGUCUCCUGAAGAAACAAAAGUGUGCAAAUUUGGCAACAAGAUCUUCCGGGAUGGAGAGAUGUGGUCCUCCAUUAACUGCACCAUCUGUGCUUGUGUGAAAGGCAAGACUGAAUGUCGCAAGAAGCACUGCAUUCCAGUCAACAGCUGCCCUCAUGGAAAGAUCCUUAAUCGAAAAGGAUGCUGUCCCAUUUGCACUGAAAAGCCUGGUGUUUGCACUGUAUUUGGAGACCCCCACUACAACACUUUUGAUGGACGGACAUUUAACUUUCAGGGAACGUGUCAAUAUGUUUUGACAAAAGACUGCUCCUCCUCUACCUCACCCUUCCAGGUGCUGGUGAAAAACGAUGCCCGGAGGACUCGCUCUUUUUCUUGGACAAAAUCUGUAGACCUUGUGCUGGGCAGCAGUACCAUCAGUCUCCACCAGCACCUCACUGUCAAGUGGAAUGGGACACGGAUAUCUCUACCAUACGAAACAGUACAUUUUCACAUCGACUUGGAAGGCUAUUUGCUGAAAGUGACAACAAAAGCAGGACUGGAAAUCUCUUGGGAUGGAGACAGUUUUGUUGAAGUCAUGGCUGCACCACAUCUUAAGGGCCGGCUUUGUGGUCUUUGUGGGAACUACAAUGGGCACAAAAGAGAUGAUCUGAUUGGAGGGGAUGGGAACUUUAAGUUUGAUGUGGAUGAUUUUGCGGAAUCCUGGCGUGUGGAGUCAAAUGAAUUUUGUGCUCGCCCUCCAAGGAAACAAUUUCCAGAACUGUGCCAAGGAACAGUAAGGGUAAAACUUCGUGCCCAUCGAGAAUGCCAGAAACUCAAAGCGUGGGAUUUUCAGAGUUGCCACUCCACGGUGGAUUAUACUGUGUUUUAUCGGUCUUGUGUGACAGACAUGUGUGAGUGCCCGGUUCAUAAGAACUGCUACUGUGAAUCCUUCUUAGCCUAUGCUCGAGCCUGCCAGAGGGAAGGUCUGAAAAUCCACUGGAAGCCUGAACAGAAUUGUGCUGCAACUCAGUGUAAACACGGUGCAGUUUAUGACACCUGUGGUCCUGGAUGCGUGAAGACCUGCGACAACUGGAAUGAAAUAGGCCCCUGCAAUAAGCCAUGUGUUGCAGGAUGCCACUGUCCUGCAAACCUAGUCCACCACAAAGGAAGAUGCAUCAAGCCCAUCCUGUGUCCACAGCGGUGACAUUAGGUUUUAGCACUAAAGACUUGGAAAUUGGUAUCUUUCAUAUCUUUUGAAGCUCACAGCCAAUGAAGGACUGCAGUGUUGUCAGAUUUUGUAAAGUGCUCUCUCAAAGGGUGAAACCAAAAUGUGCCCAUAUAUUUAUAUGUGUAUAUGGAAAAAUAUUAUCAGUUCAAGCAAGGUAUGUGUGUGUUCAUACAAAAUGGGCUUGUGUCUUUAUGUCAGAAAAAAAUAUUUUAGAGCACCGCUCCAAAGAAUACCUCAGUCUGACUAGUCUGGGAGUUAUAAUCCAAAGGUACAUGUUUCCCAAAUUGUUGCUUGUUUGCAACAUACUCAUGUCUGCAGAGGGAGCCAAUGGAAAUAAUUCAAUUGCCAUAAACCUGUAAUCAAAAGAGGAGGAAAAUGGCAGCAGCACUGAAUCAUUACACAUCAGGCUAGCAACGCAUGGAUGCCUAGGUGAUGAAACCAUAAACUCUCAGGUUAUGCGCCAUAGUAUCACAUAUCAUCCAUGACAGUACGAGGCCAUUCUUUACUUUUCUGAACUGGGUAAAGGCCCUUUCACAUCACAUCCUCAGUGAGGUCACUGAUCAAGGUAGCAUCAAAGUUUACCAACAUGUGUGUGUGCGCACACACACACACACACAUACAUACAUACAUAUAUGUAAGCAUACAUAUAGACACAUGUAUUAAUAUAAGCAUUGUUUAUAUAAAUCGUAGAAGGAUGAAUUAUCAUAUGUAUAUUUUGGUAUAAAGUUUAUGUAUGAAUAUUUCUAUGAUUCUAGCCUGUAAACUAUAUGAGUCUUUGCAGAAAUAAAUCAGGGGCUUUAAUUUUUAAAAAGCACCCACAGGAUGACUGCCACGCCAAUCCAUAUGUUUCUGGUUUCCAUGGCAGUAUUACCAAGGCUACAUAAUUUCCAUUAAAUUACUUUUAGGUUCUUGUGUAUAAACAUGCAGAAAAUGUUUUGUCUGUAUUGAAGAUUUCUCCCCCUAAGUGUGGAUAAGCCUUAAAGGCAGAAAAUUGGAUGGAUGUGAAAAGCAACUUAAUAAUAGAAAAAAAGGAAAGAAACUAGGCCUUACAUUUUGUACUUCUUUUUGUUCAGUCUUCUGAAUAUUGCCUUAGUUGCCUGCCUGGUCAGUGUUGCUACAAAUGGAUUGAAUAAUGUUUUAAUCAGUGGUAGAGCUUGGAGUGGUGUCUUCAGAGGCUCAGAAAACACAUUGAUUCUCCCACUGGAUCAUGGAAGCCCACAGCCCUUUGCCAUGCCCCCCACCAAGAAAUAUUUGGGCCAUCAUUCUAUGUAGGUUUUUGUAUCCUAAAGUCCAUUGAAGACAAACAUGGUGACGUGGAGCUUUUCUACACUGACUGCAAAUAUUGCCCCAAUCCGGCAUCCAGCAUCCAAGACACCAGAUCAGGCUUGCUUCAUGGCGACCUUGAAGACGUCAAGGAUUAGUGACUGCCCAACCACAACUAACACUGAUCUGUGGAGCUGGGCAGCAUCCUCUGGGACCCCACAACAGCCCCACCAAUCCCCUAACCCAGAGGAGAACCCAAAUCAUAGUGUAAGGUUUAGGUCCCCCCCCCCCCCCUAAUAUAGCUUACCCUGGGGAAAGGCCAUGUUAAGGCAACCUUCCCCUGGGUUAAGCCAGAUCACCCCCAUGGGGCUGAUCCAUCAUCACAUAGAUCUAAGUGGUAAGUGUAGAUGUGCCUCUUGUCUGGCAUUACAUGCUUGGACAAGUGCAUGCUUCAGAGCUGUGUAUUCCCUGCCCGUUCCCUUGCAUGCUGUAAUGUUUUGAAUCACACUCAAGUGUGAACAAACUAUGGAUCAGUUAGGAUCAUACUGCAGUUUGCUGUUCUGUUUGAACCGGCUCAUUUUGGACUGUGGCCUUUGUGCUGGGACAAAACAAAGAUUAUGUGCCUUUGUUCUAAAAUGGCUUAAGAUAUACGUGCAACAGAGCAACCAAUCAUCAGAAGCAUUGAGAGCUUGUUUAGAUUGAUGAUUCACACCCAUUUUCAUUUUGCCAAAAGAACCAAAGGAGGAAACAUCAAUGAAGAUAACUGCCAUUUACAUUAAAUGUCAUCUAGAAUGGACGAUAAUUCUUGAAUACAGGGCCAUUGCAUUGCCUAGCAUGUUGAUAUUUGAGGAGAAAAUCCUAUAUGAGCUAUUGUUACAACAUUUCAGACUUUUGAACUGGUCACUAAGCAACAGCUAAGGAAUAUGACUAGAAAGAGGCAUAUACUAAAUGGAGCAAGAAAGCCAAAGACUAUUCCUGUGAACUCCUUGAUCAUGUAUUGGUGUCAUUUUCUGCAAGCGGAACUGAGGAAGUGAUAUGUGAGCUCAAUAUUCCCAUAUAUGUAAAACACCAAGAAGGCCUAUGUACUGUACAGAUUUAUUUACAAAAGGAAAAAGAACCUGUUUAUUUAAAUAUUUAAAGGCAUAUACCCAUAUAUAUUAUGUUUGAUACCAUUGAAAAUAAAUAUUAAAAAAUUAAAGAAAACUGCAAUCUGUUAAA